AUGGCUAAUACUACUCCUGAAAUAGUCAUUGAAAUGAAUAAUGAUAUUAUCAAUGAAUUGAAUCCCACUCAGGAGCACUUCUUGAAGAAGUAUUUAUUAGAGAACCGGUUGACCCAUGAACUCCACUUGCUAUCACAACCGAAUUGUUGCCAAUUAUUCGGACCACCGUUUAAGUAUACACCAGACCAAAUGGAAGAGUACCAAUUUCCUUUGCUAAGAUUUUUUUUCAACAGUUUUAUUGGUACAUUCCCGUUUAUUGUCAGUAAUAAGGCUGAGGACCAAUUGUCGUUUUGGCAAGAUACGGUGCAAGAAUUCCUCGAAAGUUUCAAUCUGAAGGAUAUUUCCGAUUCCCAAGAGAGACAGGAUAAUACGACCAAAAGAAGACAGAUUAAUAAGAAGAUGUUGUCGAGUCUACUCUUGUUUUUCAAUUCUAUGCUUAUCACCCGACAGGACUUGGAAUAUUUACAUAAUGAGCAUCUAAAGCCUUCGGAAACGGGGGCGUUGGAUAAAAUACGAAAGAAGCCAAGUUCUCUAGAAAAUGGUGUGUCCUUGGAAGACUUUGGUGGUUUGGAUGAGUAUGAAAAGAUGAAAUUUACGAACGAUUUGAAUUUGAAUAUAGUUGCAGUCAAACACAUUAAGGAACAGAAUGGGUCCGGCUCCGAUUCCGCUGGCGCAUCGAGAUGGAACAUAUUCAAAGAAGUUUCUAGAUUGUCACCGUAUAAUAGUAAUCCUGUAAGACAUAACUAUGAAUUUGUUAUUCAGUUUACUAAAAGAGAAACAGAUAAAGAAGGUACAUACCAUUAUACUUCAUAUUUUAUACCAAGACCAUACCACGAUUUCAAAAAGCUUGAACACGACCUCAAGAAGAAGUACCCGGGGUUGAUGUCUACCGACGUGCCAAAACUACCACAGAAGUUAAAACGUGAUGAUGGAGUAUUAAAGAAGAGAGAUUUUGAAUCAUCGCAAUCGUUACCCCGUAGCGAUUCCUUUGAUACGCUUGAAAAUGAUAAUCAUGACGAUCUGUCUUUUAAGACGGCAUCUUCUCUGAACUCGACGUCUGCUACACCUGAACCCCAAAGCUUGGCUAGGGAAAAGCUUAGAUUAGCUUUAAGAGGCUAUCUAAACAACCUUAUUAAACACAAUGAAAUUAUUCAUUCCGAUGUAUUCCAUCAUUUUGUAUUUAAUCCACAUUUGCAAUAUGGAAAAUUAUCUCCUACUGAAGUCCAGGAUUACGAAAAUAGAUUACAGCAUGAAAAGGCUAAAGCCGAAACCCAGUUCGAAUUCCAGAAACAAACAGCCAAUGCCAUUUUAGAGUUGGGAAAAAAUUUUGACGAAUUUAAACAGAAAUUGAUAAUGAACCCGGAAGCAUUAACAGAGAUAUUUGAAGAAAUUGGAAAAUCGCCGAAAGUGGAGAAUUUGUCACCUUUAUUAAAAACAUUCGUGGAAUGGUCAAAGCUAGAAGUUGCUGCAACAUUGUACCAAGUGUUUUUAAGUGUAGAUAAUUCGAGUGAGUGGUUGCUGAAAUGUAGAAAGUUUCAUGCACUUUUUCCAUAUAAUAUAGUAUACGGCAUAUUAAAGUUCACCAAUCCAAUGAAAAUGGUAUCGAGAAUUAUUGAUUUAUUAUUAGCAAAUUUUCCGUCCUUCUCGUUACCCCUGUUUGGAUUUUCAGGCUCGAAAGAAUUAUCAGAUGCGUCUAAAUCAACAAAGGCAAGGAAUUUAUUGUCUUUGAUGUUUAUAAUGCUUUUAGACGAAGACCUAAAUGAUUUCAAGAAAGAAUUGAAAAAUUUGAAAGAAGAAAAGUUAUCAGGCAACAUGAAAUAUGAACCAUUUUUACAGAGAAUUGAAAAUUAUGUUAAUAUAGUUGAUGAUUCCGUAGUAGAGGAGAUAAAAGAAGACUCCAGGGAUUCGGGGAAAGACUUAUUGCUUACAUUAUUAUCAACAGACAGCCUUGAGCCUGUUUUGAAUGCGCAAGAUCAAAAUACUUAUAAUGAUAUUGCGAGGUCGUAUGAGUCUUACGAAGAGAUUGAUGACAAAGAAAAAUUGUCCGAAUCUGAAUUGUAUUUCAAUUUAAAGCAAUACUGGCUAAUUUUGCUUCGGAAGAAGGAUAAAGAUCUUAUGAAGCAAUUGUGGCAAGAACCAGAGCUAACUAAAUUAAUCAAGAAGUUCUUGACAAUUUUCUAUCAGCCAUUGAUGCGCGUAUUUGCCAAAUGUGACAUACACCUCGUUUUCAAAGACUUUCAAAGAUUUAUGGAUGAUUUACUAAACGAGUUAACUCAAUUAAGUGAAGGAGAUAUGUAUUACAUGAGCCCGUUUGAAAUAUUUGAAAGAUCAAGAGCCGUGUUUGACAGACACGAAAACGUAUUGUGGGGCUUCAUUCACAAUUUGUACGUCAAGGACGACGAGAAGCUAUUCUUGAACAUUAUAAAAUGGAUUGAAAAAUUCCUAUUCAUGUUAAGAAUCAAGUUCACUGACCCACAGAAGGUCACGAUCGACCUCAAAGCAGCCAUGCCACAAGACGUCGACCAGAAUAUAUUGUUUCAGCAACUAAACCAAAAAAUUAGUAAAACCCUUCAGAAAAGAGCAAUUCUUAAACAUUAUUUGAAUAAAAAGGCUCAGUCAGAUGAAGUGGUAAAUACCCAGGAUGCGAUAGACAAUCAAUGGAACUACGUGAAUGAUGGCAUGUUACCCGAAAUCAGUGGCGGUGACUUCGGAAUCAACGACGACGAUAUUGAUGAUUUCAACUUAUUACAUAAAGAAUCAGAGGCUAAUGCGGAUAGUGCUCUUGAUAAGGAUCUUCAUAUGAAGUUGAGUAAGCUAGAAAAAGAACUAGAUGCUUUCGGCACGAGUGAAAUAGAUAAAUUUGACGAUCUACUACGUACACAUUUAGAUGAUCUAUUGACAAAGAUACAGUAG